ACUCAGAAGAUGAAUCUCUUCCAGUCCAUAACAAGUGCCUUGGACAAUGCUUUAGCCAAAGAUCCGACUGCAGUAAUAUUUGGGGAAGAUGUGGCCUUCGGUGGAGUCUUCAGGUGUACAGUUGGCUUGCGAGACAAAUAUGGUAAAGAUAGAGUUUUCAACACCCCCUUGUGUGAACAAGGAAUUGUUGGCUUUGGUAUUGGAGUUGCUGUCGCAGGUGCUACAGCCAUUGCAGAAAUUCAGUUUGCAGAUUACAUUUUUCCAGCAUUUGAUCAGAUAGUUAAUGAAGCAGCAAAAUAUCGUUACCGCUCUGGAGAUCUGUUUAAUUGUGGAAACCUCACCAUCAGAGCCCCCUGGGGUUGUGUGGGUCAUGGUGCACUAUACCACUCCCAAAGUCCAGAAGCUUUUUUUGCUCACUGUCCAGGAAUAAAG